UAUGGUAUUAUGGUAUAUCAUAUUCUAAUAUAAUUGCUGUCAGAAAUUAACAUUUCAUAGUGAUUAAUUAGUUGAGAAUGAAUUUCAAAAAGAGAGAUGGAGCUUCCUUCUUCAAGAUAUUACUCAAUAACUCAGCACAAUACAUUCAAUUACCGUCUGCUUUUGCCAAGAAGUACAUGGAAAAUAACAACAAAAAGAAACAAACCAAUAUUGCUCUUAAAACAAACUCUGAUCUCAAAUGGAAAGUCAAAUACUUCAAUAUCAAAGAUGAAUAUUUUUUCAUCGAUGGAUGGCUCAAGUUCGUGAAGGAUAAUAGUCUUCAAAAUGGCGACUUUCUUGUCUUUUGGCUUCAGUUUUCUUCUACUUCAAAAACAAUAUAUAAAGUCUAUCGCUAUGCACCUAAUGGUUGUCUCAAACAUCCAGCAGCUAGCUCUUCAUGUAACAUGUUAGAUGAUUCGGAUGACGACGAAGGAAGGAAUCCACUUUUUUAUGAAGAAAAGAUUAACGAUGAUUCGCAAAAGAACUUGCGAAAGUCGAUAACAAGGCCGCUUACAAUGGCUUUCGAGAAAGCCACGAAGAUACUAAGCUACGACAUUGUGCUGGUGAAGAACGAUGACGGAAAGACUUGGAACGUGGGGGUAAAGAGUGUUGGGCAUAACCGCCCAUACCCGUAUUUGAUAGGAAAAUGGAGUGCUUUUAUUAAAGAUAACAAGGUGAGAUCGGAGACAAAUGUAAGAUCACUCAUGUUGAAAAUAAUGUACUACAAGUUCAUGUGGUCAAGAACAAUGGAAGAACCCCGAAAAGAGUCGCUUGAAUUGAAGUCGCGAUCAAAUGGUGAUUUUGGUUAA